UUUCGAUCUUUAUCUGAUAUCGAGUUGUAAGAGCCAAUUUGCAGUUAUAUGGGUUAGAGUUUGGUAAGACUCCCUACGGUCGCCUUAAUACAAACUCUUACCCAUAUUUAAGGUGGUUCGUUUGACAGUUUGUAUGUAAUAAAUAUUGAUUUCGUACUUGCGAGUAAAUAUAUAAGUUGCUUUGAAACACGUAAAAUGAAAUUUAAAGUCUCAUCUGCUUUCUUUGAACUUGUAAGCCAAAGACAACUUGAGGAAGAAACCAAUAUAAUUGCCCAACACACAAAAAUAUAUUAAAAUAGUCCUUCAACUAGGACAUGUUUCUCAUUUUAUUUUAAUAUAUUUUAAGAAAAAAUGACAGCCAAUGCAGAACCGCAUAAACAACUAUGGACAAAUAUUGCUUCGGUUAGUGAAAACCUGCGAGUUGCUGUUCAGAAAAUUGAAAACUACAGAGAUCAUCAAUGUUUUUCAGCAAAAAAACUUGAAUCUCUUACUAGGGAACAUGAGAAAUUGAAACAUCACUUUAAAAGACAGAACAAAAAAGAGGAACAACUAAGACGGGAUUAUGAUGACCUAAGAAAACUGUAUAAAGAUAAGGAAAAAGAAUGGGAACAAAAGAUUAAAGACUCUGAACAUUUAGCUGAUGAAAUAAUAAAAUUGCAACGACAAAAGCUCGAGAAGUGUGAGGAAGAGAUUAAAAAACAAGUCGAGAAAUCUAAACAACUCCAGGAAAGCAUUAAAGAGAAUGAAUUUGAAUCCAAUGACAAAGAAAUAUUAAGAAAACAGUUACAAGAGAGUAAAAAGCAACUCAAGUCUACGAAUGACAGACUUCAGCGUGUGUCGGAGACUUUAAAAAAAACCCAAGAAGAACUUGACGACACAAAAACAAGGUUUUAUUUUCUUCCAUUCUUUUCCGACACAUUAUUAUAAGUGUUUACAUUUAAUCAACUUACAUUUUAAAACAUCAAAUCUUUCGCGUAAAUUAUAACA